AUGGCUGUUGCUGCUUAUACAUCCUUGGUUUCUCUUACUCAUGUCCUCGACAAUGUUCUUUACCGUGCUCGAAUUUGUUUCCUUCAUGUCGAAAUAAAACAGAUUGAAUCUCUCCAAGAAGGUGUCAAUUUCUUGAUCGAACUCCUCGAACUUCAUCCUGUAAGAGAAUGUCAGAAGAUAGAAAGUCUGUGGAGGCAAAUAUCGAAAGCUUGUUUUGAGGCUGAAGAAAUAUUCGACUUACAUGUAGUGUGUCAACUUCAGAAGGGAUCUUGGCGAGAAAACCCUGAUAUGGACCUGACAGGUUUUCGUGAAGAUUUGGGCUUAAUGAUCGAAAAGAUCGACUACUUCAAGAGAGAUCUGUCGAUGAUUAAAGGGUUAGUGGACGAGGUCCGAGUUGGAAAACAAACCCGAGCUUCUAUUCCUACUAUUGGUUAUUCAUCGAAUGUUUCUUCCAAUGUGAAGAAUAUUAUAGUGGGACUCGACGAAGAUGUGAUCAAGAUUAAGUAUGAGUUGGCUAGAGAUGAAGCCAAUCUCCAAAUCAUUCCAAUUGUCGGAAUGGGUGGCAUUGGCAAGACUACUCUUGCUAAAAGGGUUUAUGAAGAUAAGUAUGUUGUCGAACACUUUGAUGUACGUAUUUGGCUUACCGUAUCCCAAAAGUAUAGGGUUGAUGAGAUUCUUUUAGGUCUUGUCAAUUAUGGGAAAGUUGUAAUAUGUCGUGAAAAUUUGGAAAGAUGUGGAGAAGCAUUGCACAAAAAGUUAUUUGGUAGAAGAUACUUGAUUGUUAUGGAUGACCUAUGGACUUUGCAAGCUUGGGAUGAGUUUAGGAGGUUUUUUCCUGAUAAUGGUAAUGGAAGUCGGAUUAUUAUGACCACUAGGAUGUCGAAUAUGGCUGCUUCUUUAGGAUCUCACCAACCCUAUUUGAUGAGAUUUCUAGACGAGAAAAAAAGUUGGAGUUUGUUUUGUCGAAUUGUCUUUGGAGAAGAAAAUUGUCCACAUUUAGAGUUGUCGCAAAUUGGAAGGGUGAUUGUGAGAAAUUGCAAAGGACUUCCUUUGGAAAUUACGGUGAUAGGAGGACUCCUUGCAAAUGCGGGUUCGAGGAAAGAUUAUUGGGAAUCCGUAGCAAAAAACGUAAGCUCCUUUGGUAAUGCAAGUGACGGAGAACAUUGUUUAAAGAUAUUACUUUUGAGUUAUAAUAAUCUUCCUUUGUAUCUGAAGCCGUGUUUUCUCUAUAUGAGAGUUUUCCGUGAAGAUGCUAAAAUUGAUGUCUUGAAGCUAAUUAGAUUGUGGGUUGACGGGGGUUUCAUAAAAGCGAGGGAAGGUCAAACUUUGGAAGAGCUCGCCGAGAGAUACUUGAAAGAACUUGUCGAUAGAAAUCUAGUUUUUAUGCGCGAACAAGGACUAAUUGAGGAGGAAAUAAAAACAUGUGGUAUUCAUGAUCUUUUGCGAGACUUAUGCUUAAGUGAAUCUAACAAAGAGCGAUUUAUGCAUUUUCCGAGACUACAAGACAUCCAUAUAAAUUAUGGCGAAAGAUUGUGUUUCCUAUGUGGAAGUUUUGUCUACGACGAGGAUCGUAGUAAUCCCUUUGAACUUGUUUUUGUUUCUUCUUCGACUUCACAAGGUUAUCCUCAUGUUUGUGGCGCUUGUAAAGCAACUUAUUCGGGUAUUAAGAUACUAAGAUUGGUCAAGGUCAUGGACGAAGAUGGUUGCUCUUGUGAUUCCCUAGUGCAACACACUAAAUUACGUAGUGUAUCCGCUACAAUGUUUUAUUGUCCAAAAUUUAUAUCUCCUUCGAAUCUUCGAUUGUUAUGGAACCUUCAAACUUUAUUAUUUCCGGAAACUAAAAGUUCGGCCGCGAUAGUUUUACCGUUUGAAAUUUGGGAGAUGCCUCAACUCAGAACUAUUUACGCCGAAAGUUUGGUGAUGCCUAAACCUCCGGAUGCCAAUGUUGAAGAGAAAGAGAUCUUCAUUCUCAAAAACCUUCAUAGCCUUUCGGUUGCGUUGAAUUUGGAGCUUACGGAUGAAAUUCUUCGUGGAAUCCCAAAUUUGAAGCAACUAGAAAUCGAGCACAACGAGUGUAUGAGAAUGUCGAAUGGUUCUCUUUGCGAUCUUACCAAAUUGUCGAAACUUAAAUCAUUACAUGUCAUAGGUGCUUAUUGGAAGAGCUACAUCUUUCCGAAUUCGCUUAAACUAUUGAAACUGAAGAAAUGCACAAUUCCUUGGAGUCGUAUGUCGAUGGUAAGUUCAUUACCCAAUCUUGAACAUCUUGAGUUGAAUGAUACGGCGAAAGGGUCCGAUUGGAAUCCAACUGAAGGGGAAUUUCUUCGACUAAAAGUAUUGAUCAUCGUUCGUAGUGAUCUAGUACAAUGGAUAGCCGACGAGUAUCACUAUCCGGUGCUUGAGGUGCUCGAACUUAUUGAAUUACCGUCCUUGGAAGAAAUCCCUUGGGGCAUCGGAGAUAUACCAACAUUGCACAAGAUUUCCUUGAAAAAAUGCAGUGAGUCUUCUAUCAAUUCAGCAUACCAAAUAUGGGAAGAACAACAAAGUAUGGAAAAUCAUACUCUUAAGAUCAAUGUUUUCAUGUAUGGAGAGAAUUUCCAAUCAAUGAGCUCAUGGAAGAUGAUGAUGAUGAUGAUAGUGAUAUCUAAGGUUCAAUUUUGGGAAAUAAGAAAUCAAGUGUGAGGUAUGCCAUGGAUUUUCAAAUGCACAUUAUCAAAAUGUUUUUGAUUGCAUAUGUGUGUAAUGUUUUCCUUGUACUUGGAGAUGUUUUAAUAUUAAUUAGAUUUUUGUUAU